UUUUUGUUUCUCUGUUAUGUUUUUUUCUAUUCUUCAGUAUUAGCAUCCCAUAUUUUCAUUGUUUUUGGAUCGGAAACCUUUGACACUUGUUGCAUAGCAAAUCAAGUGUUUGUGAUGUUUCGGUUGCAGUAACCAUUUGGUAAUUAUCAAUAGUAUUUUAACAUUAUGCAUCUGAAAUCUGGUUCUGAAACAACAAAUCACACAAAUAAUAACAACACGAACAACAAUGGUAAUGCGAUUGUUCGUGUUGAUACCGCUGCCGAUGAAGGUCUUGAUGAACUGUUCAAAGCGGUUAUGAGCCCUAAUGAUGGUCAAUCACGCUUACCACAACAAGUACCUAUGCGACAACGUCGAUUGCCGCCAUCAUUUUUCCGUCCACCAUCGGCUGCAUCAUCAACGAAUUCAUUAGCAUCGGCUAGCCAUUCCAGAGAAUCAUCGCUAGAUGGUGGAUAUCAAUCACAGGGACAAACACCAAUCACACCGAAUACGAACGGUGGUGGCCAGAAUAAAAUCAACAAUUCGCCUCUUAUCGGUUACAAUGCAGCCAAUGGUUUGGCCAUCAUACAUCCUAGAGCCAAUUCAUCGCCGGCUGCAUUACCACCGGCUUCUUUAAAUACUGGUGGCUCUGCUACUGGUAACACAUCAUUAAAUGGACAGGGUACAUUUGGUUCAAACGAUUUAAAAUCAUCCAACGACUCGGCCGCAAAUCAAAUUUCACAUUAUCGACAAAUGAGCUAUGAUUUGGAUCAAAUCCGAUUACCAGAUGGUUGGGAAAUGUCCUAUACGGCCAGUGGUGAACGAUAUUUUCUGAAUCACAAAGAAAAGACAACCACUUGGGAAGAUCCACGGAAAAAAAUUGUCGAAGAAAUGUUACGACGUUCAACACCACCGCCACCACCACCACCACCAGCACAGCCAAUCAUUCAAUCAGCAACAACAGUGCCUACUGUUUCUAUACAAGCUGCUAAUCAAGUGACAUCUUCGACCGUUGUAUCGGUUCAUGGUGGUGGUGAUCAAGAACAUCUUUCCUAUAUCGAUCCAUCCAUUGUUCCACUGCCGGAUGGAUGGGAACAGGCACAAACAUCUUCCGGUGACAUAUAUUUCAUCAGUCACAUUGAUCAAACAACAACAUGGUUCCAUCCAAGUAUACCAAGAAAUCUACAAAUGAAACGUAUACAACAACAAAGUUGUUCCAUACAACCGCCGCCAUUCCAGAAUAGUUCAAAUAUACCACCGGAAUUGGUUGUGGCAUUGAAAAAUAUGAAUACUUCAUGUCAAACACCACCAACGGUGACAGCUACUGCUAGUACAACACAAACACAGAAUCCAUUAGAAAUGGCAUUGAAAUCUCAACAGAAUCAACAUUUACGAGAUCUCGAACUUGAACGGGAACGAAUGAAACAACGACAAGAAGAAUUACUACAAAGUUCAUUGUUGAAUAGUACGGCUUCCAAUAUUAUGCUAUCAUCAUCCACUGAGGCAGCUGCAUCACCAUUUUUGUCAUUACAAAAUGAAUGUCAUUCUCGACAGGAAAGCAUCGAUUCAGGCUUAGAUCUAGGAAAUUCAAGCAAUUUUUCAAUGCCACACACUCCGGAUGAUUUUCUUCGCAUGUCGAAUAAUACAGCCACAUCUACUGCUGUUGCUUCAGUGGCCACAGCAACAAAUCCACCAAAUACAAAUACAGCGGCCAUAUCUGAUGAUAUUGCUUUUGAAAAUAUGCAAAUAUCUGGACUGGAUUUAGAUUCCGAAUCAAUGGAUUUUAUGCAAGGUCUUGAUAUGGAUCUAUUGUCCAAUGUAGAGGAGCUAUUAAAUUCUAACAAAGAUAAUAUAAUGACAUGGCUUUAGAUAUACACACACUCAUUUUAAAUGUAUAGAAUUUAACUAUUGUCAUAUUUUUUUUUACUGUUUUGAUAAAAACAAUUCAAUAUAUAACAACAACAACAACAAACAACGACAACAACAAACAACAACAACAAGAUUUUUUAAUAAUGACACACGACAUUUCACAUGUUAUUGGAAACGAUAAUAAUGAUGAUAACAUUUAUAGUGAUAAUGUAUGUUUGUGUCGAGCCAUAUUUUUCAAACACACACAUUUUUGGUCAAUCUGUGUUACACGAACAUUGUAUUCCUAUUGUGCCAUUGAAUUAUUCCAGAGAUUUUUUUUGUUUUUUUGUUUUUCUUCUGCAAAAUACACAUUGAAAUCCUUGGAUAAUCGGUCCAUGCAUCUUUUA